AUUGAACUUUUGAUCCUUUCUUAUUUGGCCUUUUUCGUUUUGGUUACAAGACCUAAAUAUAAAAGAAGAGAGAACACUCAUGAAUUUGCUAUCACCAGUCAGUCUAAAUCCUGCUCCUAUCCGCUAACACUGAUUAACCUGGUCCCAAUUGCAUCCAUCUCCUCUUUUCUUCUCUUUCCUUUUUUUACUAGGAGUUCCUUGAGCCGUUGAGUCAAUGGAUCUCUCACGGUCACAGGCCGGGGCGGCGAGGAUGGCACAUGUGAUGGCAAUUCCAUAUCCGGGAAGAGGCCAUAUAAACCCCAUGAUGAACUUCUGCAAGCUCCUCGUGUCCAACACGACCGAUGUUCUCGUAACCUUUGUGGUGACGGAAGAGUGGCUGGGGUUCAUCGGGUCCGAGCCGAAGCCUGAUGCGGUCCAGUUUGCCUCCAUACCCAAUGUCAUACCGUCCGAGCGAGCCCGUGCGGAGAACUUCCCCAUGUUCAUAGAAGCGGUGAUGACGAAGAUGGAGGCUCCUGUAGAGCAACUUCUCGACCGGCUCGAGCUGCCAGUGACCACGAUCUUGGCCGACACGUACCUUUUCUGGGCAGUCCGGAUCGGGAACAAGAGGAAGAUCCAGGUGGGAUCGUUCUGGACCAUGUCGGUCUCGGUGUUCUCGGUGUUCCAUCACUUUGACCUCCUUGCUCAGAACAACCAUUUCCCCGUUGAUCUGGCAGAACGAGGAGAUGAGCUCGUAGACUACAUACCAGGACUUCCACCGACGCGUUUGGUCGAUCUUCCGACGUUCUUUGAAGGCAAAGGCCGAGCGACGUUGAACAGAGCACUGGAAUGCUUCUCCUGGAUGCCGAAAGCUCAAUAUAUAAUCUUCACCACCUUUUACAAGCUCGAAGCCCGUGCUGUCGAUGCUCUCAAAGCUGAACUUCCGCUCCCUAUUUACACCGUCGGACCUUUAAUACCUUACAUGGAACUCAAAGCUAAAUCCUCACUGUCGGCGUCUCGAAAUGACCGUCCUGAUUACGUUCGGUGGCUAGACUCUCAACUGGAAGCCUCCGUCCUGUACAUCUCUCUGGGGAGUUUCCUAUCGGUCUCGAGCGACCAAAUGGAGGAGCUCACAGCGGGAGUGCGCAGCAGCGGAGUUCGGUUCCUGUGGGUGAGCCGAGACAGCGAUUCUUGGGUCAAAGACGGUUUCUGCGGCGACAGGGGUCGAGUGGUGCCCUGGUGUGAUCAGUUGAAGGUGCUGAACCACUCUGCAGUCGGAGGGUUCUGGACGCACUGCGGGUUGAACUCCACUCUGGAAGCUGUCUUCGCGGGCGUCCCGAUGCUUGCCUUCCCGAUCUUUUGGGAUCAAAUCCCCAACUGUAAGCAGGUGGAGCAGGACUGGAAGAUUGGUUGGAGGGUGAAGAAGUCAAGGGACGAAUUGGUGCCGAGACAAGCCAUUGCUGAGAUUGUCCAGAGGUUCAUGGACUUGGACAGUGAGGAUGGGAAGGCAAUCAGGAAGAUGGCAAGCGAGCUUCAACAGGCUUGUGGCCAAGCAAUCCUGAAUGGCGGGUCGUCUCACUCUGACAUCAAUGCUUUCAUCGGCGACAUCUCGAAGAAAAUAAUGUGCUAAUGCAAGAUUCCGCGGACUCUCGAGUACGAUUUGGGAUCUCUCCAUUGAUCCGAAUGCUUGGCCGCAAAAAGGCUCGAGGAAAGUGCAAAUUCCAACUCAUGAUAGAAGCGUGCCGAUUGUGGCUCUCGACCAGUAUUCGUGCUAUUAAUGUUUCUUUGAUCAUCCUGAAUUGAAUUCUAUCUUCACAGUA